UCCGUUUUCUUUUCAUGUAGUAGGAAAUAGGGUGGGUGUUGGACUGUUGGUUCUCGAGCAGUUACAACACAGACUCUACAUGUUCCAGAUUUUCUUUCAGAUUGCAUAUUUUCUCUAAAGAUAAUAUGCCUUGAUACUUGCAAACACAUAGAGAUAUGUUAGUCUUGCCAUUGUGUAAGAAAUGACUAAACAACAAUGGAAGAAAAUUCUUUAUGAAGAACAAGAUUACCCAGAUAAUUAUGUUGAUGAGUCUUUCUUGGAUGAGUUGAGAAAAAAUGUCUACACCAGAACGUAUCAUUUUUGGAAUGUAUCCAAUGCAGCAGGAACAGUUUCACAACAAGUUAGCAGUUUAUGCGUAUUUGUCAUGAUUUUUGUCUACAUGAAGGAAGAACUUGUCUCUCCUUCAAUUUUAUUCCUUGCCUCAGCUGUGGUCACCUUGAUAAGUUAUUUUAUUUAUAUCAUGACAUGCUGGGAACAGAAAACCAAAAAUGUGAAGGAUGAUGUGAAAAGUCUCAUCCUAUUUCUUUCAUUCUCGUUUGGAUUAUCCCCCAUUUUGAGAACACUGACAGACUCCAUCAGCACGGACACAAUUUAUGCAAUGACGGUUUUUAUGCUUGGUAUGAAUCUUCUAAUGCACGACUAUGGAGCAAGUGGUGCUAUUGUUUCCAAGGCAGUUUCAUUGAAUACUGCCAUAUUUGGUUCAGUGUGUCUGGCUUCCCGACUACCUUCGUCUUGGCAUGCUUUUGUGACAGUCAUUACAGCUGUAGAAAUCUUUGCACUAUUUCCACUGUUUAGAGAACAAAUGAAGGUAUUUUCCCCGGGUAGUCAACCAGUGAUGACAUGGGGUUUACUCAUCUUAGCCUUCGUUAAUCUGUGGUAACCAUAUCAUUUCUGAUGGGAAUAUUCUUCAUAAUGGCUCAAACAGCCGUGAUCUUCCUCUGUCCCUAUUGGCUUGUUCAUCUCCAGCGAUAUAAAGACAAUAUAUACGGCCCUUGGGAUGAGGCAGUUAUUUCAACAUGAUUUGAAGAUGAUAUUCCUGGACACAAACCGAAACGGAAAACAUUGUAAAAGUUUUUCUGCGAUGAACUGUAUUACGAUAACUUUUCUGUCCAUCGGAAACACACCUGACCCUGAGAUGUUGAAAAUGAUAAAAUUUUAGUAUACUAUCAGUAACUAAAAACUGAGUUGAACUCUUUUAACCUUAAUAUACUAAUAAAAAAUAUCAUAUAACUUAACGCAUUUGUACAACUUGAACAUUUACAAUAUCUUAAAUACAA